AUUCCUCUCGAGAGUUGUGUCAGGUCGCCGUGUCACCGUGUCGUUGAAUCGUUGGUGUUUGAGACAUUCACAAACUCCUUCAUUUAUUCAACAGCUAAUAAGUAGCUCCUCGUGUUGUUCAAUCGUGCUGGUUCAUUCGAUUUCAACAAAAGUUGACAGAGAAACUUUUAAUUCAGGGGGGAAAGUGGAGUCGACAAGUAGUUUCAAAGUAAUUCAAUAACAUGGACGUAAGCCUUCUGCUUCAGCACAUCCAGUACGCUGUACCAGUGGCACUUGUACUGGUCUGUGCUGUUCUUGUAUUUGCUUUUGGCUUCAAAAAUGCCGAACAACCACCCUUUGCACAGCUAUCAGCUGUCUCUGAUGCUGAUCGCAAACAGGCCAACAAGAAGAGGAGCAAGAUCAAGGAGAAGCGGGCUACGGGUAAUCAGGGAGUGAACGAGAAGGCCAGUCCUGCCAAGAAAGUGUCACCAGUUAAAACUGAGACGAAAAAGGCCGCCAGUAAGAGUGAGGAUGUUGACGGUAAAUUGAAAGAGAGAAAACAAGAGGAGAACACUCCUGAUGUUGUUAAUAAGAAAGAGAAGAACCAGGUUAAUGCUAAAUCUGGAAAGGAGAAUAAGGUUGAGCAGACGAAGAAUAAGAAGAAUCUAAAGAAUUUGAUUCUUGAGAAGCCAGUUGAUUUCGAUGAAGGUGAUUGGGAGCAAGCGCCGUCCAGAAAAGAUAAGAAGAAGAAGAAGGAGGAAGAGACUCCCAAGAAGACUAAGAAAUCUAAAAAGUCUGAAUUGAUAAAUGAUGCCAAAGAUAAGGAUCAGGAUAAAAUUGAGAUAAAAGAUAAAGUUGCUAAGGAGACGCAGAAUAAAGAGUUGAAAGAGAAGAAUCAGAAGGAAAUUAUUUUGGAGCCAGUGAACAACGAGGUCGUUGAUGAACCCGAGGUCCCGGAGAUAAAGGAGGAGAUAAAAAAGGUUGAGAAGUCUGAGAAAGAUGAUAAGAAGACUGCCAAAUCCAAGAAAGCGAAGAAGAUCGCCGACGUGGAGAACAAUGCACCAGCUGAUGAGAAGAAAACUUUGGAGAAAGUUAUAGCGCAGGACGUUGAGGAAGUGAAGAAGAUUGAGACUGUCGAGGGGCAGAAGAUCAAUCAGGCUUCUGAGAAGAAAGCUCCAGUGUUCGAUGAAUUAGGGGACACAUGGACAGAAGCAAAACCUCAGAAGAAGAGUAAAAAGAAGGCACGAAAGGACAAUUGAAAUGCUCCCUCUCAAUGGAACCUGAAAAAUAAGAGUAUUUUCCCAAAAAAAUAAUCUUAAAACACGAAAAAAAAAAACAAGAGGGAUAUGAAAGCCAGGGAAUGAUCAGGAGUCUCCAUCCAAGGUGAAAAAAUGAUGGAUUCUACCCAAACGUGGGUAAAAAAAAAUAAUCGACUCAUUUCUCAACGAUCGAGUGAGUCUCUUUCACUUUCCAUGUACAUAAAAACUUGGGUUUAAUUUUUCUAAACCCAUAGAUUCUGUUCUCUAGUAAUAACUUGCAUAAUGUGGGUCGUUCGUCGAGCUAUGGAUUGUCUCCUCAAUCAAAACCGAAAAGCCAAUGAAUCAUUUGAUCAAUUUGCAUAUUGAGUGGUUACCGAUAAUUUAUUCCACCCCUUUAGCAGGAUCAUUGAACUCGGUUGAUUAAUUCCUGCAGUAAUUAAUCGAUGGAAAUACAGAUGUGCCAAGAGUGGGCAGUAUCGUGUUCGCACGAUAAUAAUCACGCUCAAGAACCAGAGAAUUAUUAUUUAUUUUCACCUGAUCUAAAGAAUAAAAACACUUUGUCAUGAUUCUCGAUCAAAAUAUAUUCUCACAGACAAUGAUCGAUUUUUUGAAGAAACCAAUGUCUCUAAUGAAACGACAAACUAACUUGGAGAGAGUUAUUUCGAUCACAGAAACCCGAUUGUUUAUCUACUAGAUUUUACCUAUUUUUGGUUCUCACUCAAUCUUCAUACCGUGAAAAAACGAAACAAAGUGCGGCUUUACACAUAAAAUAGUGACACUAGUUGUUAAAUUAAAUAUUAAAAAUAUAAAUCAUUGUAUUUUAGUAUGAAAAAUAAAAGAAUAGUCGAUACCCUUAUGAGAACUUAUGGUGAUAGUCUAUGAUGUGGGUAUCGAUGCACUAUCAAUGCAUUAGCAGUGGGAGAUAAUAUUUUUUGGGUAGAUGUACCAUUUAUUCGUGGGCUGCUAUUAUCAUAUGAAUUAAUAAUAUCUCAAUGAGAAAAUAAGAAAUACUGAGUAUCAAAUUACACGUUGUGUUGAGAAUCAUUCAAUGGAAGAGGCAGCAAUGGGUGACUUUAAUCAUCAAUAUUUUUAAUUUGAGAGAAUGAAAGUUUGUUUUCUUUUUUAUUUGGACGAUAUUUUUCCAGGUGUGGGAAUAUUGACGAUUGAAGAAGGCCCAUUAGACCUUAUUUUACUCGAAUGUGAAAAGACAAUUCAGUACAUGUUAUGUGAUAGGUGUACCUCGAAUAUGUUUUCAUAAAAAAUGAUGCAUCUCACCCGAUGCACUUGAAUAUCUCCGAAAUAACAAAACUUAUAAACACUUCAUCACUGGUAAUACAUGUUGAUAUUAUUAAACAGAAAAAUUCAUUCAGUUUCGUGUUAUGGAAAUAGUACUUAAGGUAUGUCAACAGGUGAAAAAUAAAUGAUCAACUGGAAGCGAUGAGAGAAUAGAGAACUGAUGUGUAAUUUGUUGAUGUAAAAUUUUUCAAUUAUUUGGAAUUAGACUAUUUUUAUAAAUACGAAAAGAGAUAACGAGAUAUUGAUAUUUCAGAUCAACGAUAUAUUUAACAAUUCGACGGGGCUACCAUUAAAUUGGGCCCGAAUAUGUUGUAAAUUGUCGGAGGGAAUGGGAUAAAGGUAGAACGUCAUAUUUUGAAUAACAACAUUUGUAAAUAAAUUAAUGUAAUUGGGUAAUAAGUGCUGAUAAUAAUGGGUAUAAUUAAUCGUAACGCUGGUACAUACUGUGUAAUUUGCCAAUGAGUCACGGCCUAAAUCCGUGAUGCUUUUUCUCGGAAUGACAUGAGAAUUUAUGUAUUUUGCGAAUUAGUUUUAAAUAAGAGGGAUUAAUUGCAUGGCAUGAUGACAAUUAUUGCCAAAAUAAUUGCAUAUAGUCGUGAUGUAUUCGAUUUAUCAGGACGGGUGAUUAAUUGAAACAAAAGGUGAAAUACUAAGGACGAUUAUUAUAUAUAAUCUAGGGUAUAUCACAUAAUUGUUGUUUUAAUUCUAUGAAUAUUAUAUUUGUAUAUAUGAUCAUUAUAUAUGAAUAUUAUAUUUGUGUACAAUGCAUGGUUUUUUAGUCCUCAAUCUAGAUGGCUGGGUAGAGGGAGUUCAUUAUUUCGACUAUUUCAAUAAAGACUAUUGUAUAUUUUUCCAGCAUUUACAUAUUCGUCCGUUUUAUGUACUCGUUUUAUUAGGGGAUAUUUUAUUAAAAUGAGAGUGUAAGUCCUCCAAGUGAUAUCGAUAUAUCGUCAAACUGCGGAGCCAUUGGAAAAUCAAAAUUUCGGUUGUAAAAUUAUUGUAUCGUUUAUUUUUUUGGGACCAUCUGAGGGAAUUUUAAUCAAAUAAAGAGAGAACUUGAGCGAU